CUUUGUUACCGUCAGCCUCAGGCAUAAACAUUGCCAAGACUUCACUCCGGCCUGCCGCACCGCGAUUCUGCAAAGUCAGUUCCAGACGCCGAGCGCGCGAAUAGAGAAACAUCCUUCCAACCACAACCCUCCGCGAGAAGAAGACCUUCACGACCUUGCUCGCUGUAGGCAUCUCACCCUCAAACCACAACAAAGACUAAACCAAAAUGUCCACCGCCGAGCUCGCCUCUUCCUACGCCGCCCUCAUCCUCGCCGAUGAGGGUUUGGAGAUCACUGCCGACAAGCUCCAGGCACUCAUCACCGCCGCCAAGGUCCCAGAUAUCGAGCCAAUCUGGACUUCCCUCUUCGCUAAGGCCCUCGAGGGCAAGGACGUCAAGGAGCUCCUGACCAACGUCGGUUCCGGCGGUGGUGCCGCCCCAGCUGCCGCUGCCGGUGGUGCUGCUGCUGGCGGUGACGCUGGUGGUGACGCCCCAGCUGCUGAGGAGAAGAAGGAAGAGGAGAAGGAGGAGUCCGACGACGACAUGGGAUUCGGUCUCUUCGACUAAGCGGAUCGCGACCACGACGUUUUGGAGGACACCCGCCACGACUCCAUCUGCGAACAGACAACCAUGCACGGCAGGUGGUGAUAGAAGUCUGGCACAAGGGACUGGUGGGUUUUGGACAGUACCUUUACUGGUAUCUGAGUCAACAGCGAGGAUCUGCAAGCGCAUUAUCAUGCAAUGGAAGAAUUUGUGCAGAGGAGGAGCACUCCGUGAGCGCAUUUCGUGGCUAUGAGUACAAAUGCAAAUCAAGCGCAAACCCCAAUCCUACAAAUUUUCAGUGCCG